CCAGUAGCAAGCAGCCCAUGGAGGAACUGUCAGCAUUCACUGGACGAGAAACCAUCUUUGCAGCCAAGAUGGCUCAAACAAAUCCCCAGUCUGCCCAGCACGGAUCAUGGAAGAUCACCAUCUAUGAUCAAGAGAACUUCCAGGGGAAACGGAUGGAAUUCACCACCUCCUGUCCCAGUGUCACAGAGUGCAGUUUCGACAACAUCCGCUCGCUCAAGGUGGAGAAUGGCGCUUGGCUCGGCUACGAGCACACCGGCUUCUGCGGGCAACAGUCUAUCCUGGAGCGAGGCGAGUACCCCCGCUGGGAGGCCUGGAGUGGGAGCAACGCUUACCACGUCGAUCGGCUGAUGUCCUUCCGCCCCAUCAGCUCAGCAAACCACAAAGAGUCCAGGAUCACCCUGUAUGAGAAGGAAAACUUCAUGGGGCAUCAGUGGGAGGUGCAAGAUGACUUCCCCUCCUUGCAAGCCAUGGGCUGGGGCAACAGUGAAGUGGGCUCCAUGAAAGUUCCCUCCGGCGCGUGGGUCUGCUACCAGUACCCUGGCUACCGUGGCUACCAGUACAUCCUGGAAUCCGACCACCAUGGUGGGGACUACAAGCACUGGCGGGAGUGGGGCUCGCACGCCCAGACAUUCCAAAUCCAGUCAAUCCGGCGCAUCCAGCAGUAGCAACACUAUGCUCAGGAGCAUCAGCCAACAAU